AUGUAUGGAUUACGAUCAUCAGUUAAGAAUUUAUUAAAACAUCGGUAUUAUUACUUGGGUGGUGGUGGUUUCUCUUAUAGAAUCAAUCAACGAUCAUUUCAUCAAAAUAGAAUUCUACGAAAAGAUGAGAAAACUAAAGAAUUACUUAAAAAUCUUGGAUUAAAUUUACAAAAAGGUACAAUUAAUAGAUCAAAUAAAACCAAAGACAAUAACAACAAUAAGAGUGGAUCAUCUGUUAAAAAUGAAAAGACAAAUGAUAAUGGGGAUGAAAAUGAGGGAAAUGAGGGAAAUGUUACGAGAAUAAAUGAAAAUGAUAAUGGAGAUGAUGAUAAAACUGAUAAUCAGUUGGUUAGUACUGUUACAGAUAUACCACCUGAUCCAAACGAAAUUGAAACUAAAUCAACUAAAUCAAAUGAUAAUAAUAAUAAUAAUAAUAAUAGCAAUACCAUCAAGACAAAUUCACAUGGGAAUAAUAACCUGACAGCUUCAAAUGGUAUUAAUAAUAAGAAAAUAUCUUCUGAACCAAACAAGAAUAAGAAACUGAUGAAACCAACAAAACCUGGGAAAUUGGGGAAACCAGGGAAACUAAAUAAAAUUAAACCAUCCAAUGUUGAUGAAAAUAUUGUUCAUGAACAACUUGAAAAUGCUUUUGUUACAGUUGCAUUAAUGACCAAUAAAGAAUUUUUAGAACAAAUUGCAUUAGAUGGAAGAAAUUUCCCAUUCAAACAUUUUAAAUCAGAUUAUUUGAUUGAUCGUCAAGAAAUAUUACGACAAAUACCCGAUAUGAUAAACAUUUUUAAUAAACAAGAUAUGAAAAAAAUUGAACAAAUUUAUCAAAAUUUAUCAAAAUUAGAUCAAGAUAAAUCUAUGCAUUUACAAUUUUUAAAACAAUCAUUUAUAGAUUAUAAAAAUGAUUUAUUAUAUUUAGAUCAAUUUUUAAGAGGGAUAAAUCUGAAAUUUAAACAAUAUCGUCGUGGUGAAGUUCGAUAUUUUUUCGUUUAUCCAACAGUUUUUGAACAUGUUCAUGAUAAAAUUUUACAUCAAUAUAAUGUUGUUGGAUUUGAUCGAAGUUUAUUUGGAAUGCCCUUGGAUAAACAAUUGGAUAAACUUGUUUUACCACGUGAAUUUAUUCAAGAUUUACCACAAUUUGAUAACAUUAUUGAAUUGAAUAAAAUUGAUGCAUCAUUAGGAUUUAAACUUGUUGAAGAACAACAAUUUGGGAAAUUGAUUGAUUCACUUUGGGAUCCUCGAAUGGUUAAACCUUUGAAAGAAUUACAAAAAGAAUAUAAAGAAAGACUCAAUGAACAGAAGAAGGAUAAAAAUCAGCAACUUGAGAAGCAGUUACAACCACCAUUGAAAUCUAAAGAUGAUACUAUUAAUGGGAAACAACCGGAUAAGAAAUUUAUUGUUAUAAAGAAAGGUGGUUAUAGACAAAUUAAAUUAAAAGAAUCAAGUUUACAAUAUAGUCCAGUGAUAAGAAGAAUUGAAGAAGAAAUUGAAUUAAUGAUUAAUGAUUUAAAUAAACAAAUUAAAACCACUUUAGAAUCAGAUAAUAUUAAAGUAUUAAUCCCCAAUGAAAAUGAAAAUGAAAAUGAUAAAAAUGAUAAAGAAACAAUCACCACUUUCACUUCACCUACUGGUUCUCAACCCACCUCACGGAUUAAGACUAAUUUUUAUGAAAUUGUAUUUAAAAAAAAAAUUUAUCAAGGUUAUUUAGUUUCCGUUGAACGAUUAAUUCUGAAAAAUUUCAAUAUAUUACCAAAUUAUGCAUUAUUAUAUCAUAAAAUCAAUUAUCCACCAUUAAUUAAACGAAAAUUAUUAAAUCAUAUUUUCAAAAUUUUUUUAAUUAAUAUUAAUGAAAAAUUCAAUUAUUUACAAAAAAUUAAAUAUUUAACUCAAAGACAACAAAUUGAAUUUCAUAAAAAAUUAAUUAAACAAAUUAAAUAUAUUAUAAGAUUUAAAUUAUUAAGAUAUUUUGAUAAUAAUACUUUGAAUCAAACUACAAAUUCCCUUAAAUUAAAUAAUCUAAAUGUUUUCCACCACGAAGAAGAAGAAGAGGAGGAAAGGUAUGAUAAUAAUUUUGAUAAGUCAAAACAAAGACAAAGAAAAACGUUUGGUGGAGCUCAUGCAGUGAUUUUUAAUCCAUAUACUGAUAAUUGUUUUAAAAGAAUUUAUUGGAUUUCUUCACCAUAUCCAUCAUCAAUUAUAAAACGACAAAAUAUGAAUUUAAAACGUAAAUUCACUAAAAUAAAAUUCAAAACAAUUGAUGAACGUUAUAUCACCACUACUAUUGCAUAA